AAAGCUCUGAGCAGAGCAAAACGGUUGGGAUGAGUGAGUUGAGUUGAGUGAUGAGUGCAUCGUCACCAGCAACCCAGAAAGGAACGGAACAUCCUUAAAACACUUACGACAUCGAAUUCACUUCCCAACCACGCUCCCUCUUCGGUCUCCAAUUUUUGCACAGUCCUCGCAGGUAGCCAGGUAGUGUCACUGUGAAUUGUUGCAAGAUUUCCUUUGCAAGUAUGAGUUUCGUUUUCCGAGGGAGUAGGGGAGAUAUUGAAAGGGGAUUUUCAGAAUAUGCUCCUGAAAGAAACCCAAUGCGUAUUCAUCCUGCUAGGCCAGUUAAUAGCAAUUCUCUGGCUUUUCUUAUUACAGUUCUUGUGCUGUUCAUGUUAUUGAGCUCGCCUCAGAUGUCACAUUAUUUUUUGCUCUGGCUUGUGAUGGCUGUCUUUGCCAUGGCGACAAGCCUGAGGAUGUAUGUAGCUUGUCAACAUCUUCAAGCUCAGGCCAGGGCUCAUGCUGCAGCAGCCACUGGGUUGCUUGGCCAUACUGAAUUACGACUCCAUGUGCCACCAUCCAUAGCAAUAGCAACUAGAGGACGAUUGCAUGGACUUAGACUUCAGCUUGCACUUCUUGAUCGUGAAUUUGAUGAGCUAGACUAUGACACUUUGAGAGCUCUGGACUCUGAUACUGCUUCUAGUACUCCUUCAAUGUCUGAGGAAGAGAUAAAUGCCUUGCCUGUUCACACGUAUAAAGUAGCAGUUCCAACAAAGGAUGGCUCAGCAGGGUUGGCAUCCUCUUCAGGUGCAGAUGAGAUUAAACAAGACUCUGAAGGAGCAGAGGGAAGUAUCCAAGGUCCAGAAGAUGGGCUGACAUGUACCAUAUGCUUGGACCAAGUUAACAAGGGGGAACUUGUUCGUAGCUUGCCAUGUUUACAUCAGUUUCAUGCCAACUGCAUCGAUCCAUGGCUCCGGCAACAAGGAACAUGUCCUGUUUGUAAAUUUAGGAUGGGGUCGGGAUGGCAGGGAAACGGGGAGAGCGAAUCUGAUGGUUCAGAAAUUGUGUAGCAUUCUUCAUAUAUAGCUGUAAAAUUCAUUAUGUCGCGACUUAUAUGCGUAUAUAUACAUAUAAAAAUAAUAUAUGAUGU